CUGGAAGAAGAUUUUCGUCGCUAUACACUGCGCGGAGGUGAUGACAGCACCAGCGGCUAUGCCAUGCAAGGGACAUGGAGGGAUCGAGGGCGUGGCAAUCGCGGUCGCUCCUACUACAACCAAGCGAAGUCACUGCGCCAACGACAAGCGGUACUGAUGAAGGAAGCAAUGAGGAUAUUGCAGCUGAUGCUGAAGUCAAGGAUCCGGAGCAACAGCAGCAAGAGGCUUCCAAAACACCAAGUCUGCCAAAGCGAAGGAAACAGAUUGGUGGGGGGACAAAGGAUUGGGUGAAGGUAAAAGAAUGGGUAAAUCCAACCAUCUACCCUGCGCGUACCAGAAUGGCAACGAGAAAGCUGCUGAGCUCUACAAGUGGAGGAGCCACAACUGAGCAGCAGGAACAGGCUCAAGGCGAAGAUGCAGUGCUGUUCUUGGGUGAUGACCAAGAGAGGUGAAGCUUGGGACACUGGAUCCGAUCUACGUGAAAACUCAGCAACAGCCAGCCGACUUCCUUACCAAGCGGCUAGCUGAAGAGCCACACUGGCGCUGUGUGAGGAUGGCGGGAAUGUCCUUGAACUAGAGACGGCGAAACAAGCCGACAG